AUGUUGGGGGACUCGACGGUGGGCAAGUCCUCGCUGCUGCGGCGCUACACCGAGGGGGUCUUCCUGGACGCCGUCAACCAGACCGUAGGGGUGGAUUUCUACGUCCAGUUUGUGGAGCUGGAGCCGGGGCUGCGGGUGAAGCUGCAGUUCUGGGACACGGCCGGGCAGGAGAGGUUCAGGUCUGUGACUCGCUCCUACUACCGCAACUCGGCGGGGGGGAUGCUGCUCUUCGACCUCACCAACCGCGCGUCCUUCGAGAGCGUCCGGCGGUGGCACCGGGAGGUGACGGACACCGUGCAGCCCUUCCGCAUCGUCUUCCUGCUGGUGGGGCACAAGAGCGACCUGGCGGAGCAACGCCGGGUGGGCCGGAGGGAGGCGGAGAAGCUGGCGGCCUCGCUGGGGGCGCAGUACGUCGAGACCUCGGCCAAGGAUGCCAGCAACGUGGUCCAGGCCUUCCAGAUGUUGACCGUGGCCAUCUACCAGGCGCUGCAAACGGGGCGGCGGGGCCCCUGCGAGGCAAUGAAGAGCAGCGUCCCGCUGCCGCUCAACGCUCGGGCGCCGGAGAAGGAGGAGAAGAGGAAGAGAUGCUCGUGUUAG